CCCAGUAUCGCUCAAACUGCCGCCUCGAGUGGACACUGUGUCCGCUCUCACAAAAUUACCGUCGUGAUCAUAACGCGAACCGCCAUAAAAAUGAAUUACCUGACCCACAUAGCUACAGUCCUGGCAGCAGUGUCGCUUUCAUCAACCACUGUACUCAAAGCUCCCAACAACGAUGAUGGAAAAUUCGAGCUACUUAUUCUUCACAAUAACGACAUGCAUGCGCGGUUCGAACAAACUUCCCAACUGAGUGGUACCUGCACACCUGCUGAUAGGGAGGCCGGAAAAUGUUACGGUGGAUUUCCUAGAGUAGCUCAUGUUGUAAAGGAGGCCAGAAGACAAGCGAAAUCAGGUGAAGGUCCUCCAGUGUUAUACCUUAACGCUGGGGAUACGUACACGGGCACUGCCUGGUUCACCAUUUACAAAUGGAAGAUCGCAGCUGAAUUCAUUAACGCUUUGCAACCUGACGCUGUUGCCCUGGGUAAUAACGACAUUGAAAAAUUGUCCAACGAACUGUCGCCAUUCUUACAAAACCUAGAAACUACAAUAUUAGCCAGUAACGUUAUACUCAAAUCGUCCGAAAAUAAAAUUCAAAAAUCAGUUAUUCUAGACGUGGAAGGGAAAAAGGUUGGUUUAGUUAGCUAUCUCACACCUGACAUGGGAUUCAUGGACACCACUGGCGAAAUAGAGUACAUAAACGAAGUCAUAGCUCUACAAGACGAAGUGAAAAAACUACAAGAACAAAAUGUUAAUAUCAUAGUAGCUUUAGGCCAUGCACACUAUGACAAAGACAUGGAAGUAGCAUAUGAAGUACAAGGCUUAGAUUUAAUCAUCGCAGGACAUAAAAAUAUUUACUACUGGAACGGGACCAAUACUAAUGAACAAGUCGACAAAGCUAUAGUCGUCAUACAGCGAUCUGGUAGGCGAGUGCCUAUUAUUCCGUCUUACUCCUACGAUAAGUACUUAGGACAAAUUGACCUUCUAUUCAACGCUGACGGAGAGGUCAGUUCGUACGACGCAAACCCCAUUUUGCUUGAUUCAUCAAUAGUUCAAGACGCGGAAGCACUACAAACCAUAACAAGUCACAAUGCACAGUUAGCUUCCAGGUCACAAGAAUUUGUAGGUCAAACUGCCGUAGUCCUUGAUGGCGAAUCCUGCGGAAUAGAGGAAUGUAACCUAGGCAACUUGAUUGCAGACGCUAUAAACUACUACUACGCUGUACAUUACGAUGGAGAAGGAUGGACAGAUGCGCCUGUCACCAUAAUUCCAGCGGGCGCUAUUGCAGCUUCGAUAGCACCUUCGAAUCGUCCGGCUUCUGUUACUAUGGGCGACCUGAUGAGUGCUAUACCUACUGAAAGUAACUUGGUCGCUGUAAAUAUGACAGGGACAAUACUAUUGGAAGUCCUCGAACACGCCGUAUCUACAUACAACGCACCCAAUCCCGCUCAAGAACUUUUACAGCUAUCUGGUAUUCGUGUAGUUUACGACUUAUCGAAAGAGCCUGGUUCGAGAAUUAUUAGCGCAGUUGUCAGGUGCUGGGCAUGUUUAGUACCAGAAUUCUUCACGAUUGAUAACUGGAGGUUUUACAAGGUACUGAUGCCUGCAGCUUUGGCCAACGGUGGUUAUGGCUAUUCUAUGCUUUCAGAAUUAACAGAUAGAACGGAUUUAGAAUAUGACGAAGUGACGUGUACAGCUGAGUAUAUUCGACUUCGCAGCCCAGUAUAUCCUGAAGUUGCCGGUCGGAUGCAAUUGGGAAACCAUGAAUUUGACAAUGGCGUAUCCGGACUUACACCAUUUAUCGAAAACUUGACUUGUCCUGUAUUAGCUGCCAAUCUCAAUCUCGCCCAAGAACCUAUCCUCGCAGCUGAAAAAAACUUAAUGAAGUCUACUAUAUUCAACAUAAACGGCACUAUGAUAGGUGUUAUUGGGUAUUUAACUCCUGACACUAAAGUUUUAGCUAUAAGAAAUGACGUAGAGUACAUCGACGAGGUUAAAGGUGUAAGACAAGAAGCAGUCAGAUUACACAAUAUUGGUGUCAAGAUUUUAAUAGCUCUCGGUCAUUCGGGAUUUGCCACAGACUUAAGAAUAGCCAAAGAAACAGAAUACCUAGACUUAGUUAUAGGCGGCCAUACGAACACAUUUUUAUGGAAUGGAACGAGCCCGGAUGUAGAAAAACCUGAAGGACCUUAUCCUUCAUUAGUCAAACAAUCAUCAGGCAGACAUGUGGGAGUAGUGCAAGCGUAUGCUUACACAAAAUAUCUAGGUAAACUCCACUUGACAUUCAAUCCAGAUGGUGAAAUCGUAAGCUACGAUGGGAAUCCCGUACUUUUGGAUCAGUCAAUCCCACAGGAUACUGAAGUCCUAGCAAUUGUUGAGAAAUACAGUGGCGAAGUAAGGAAGAUAUCUGACGUUGUUCUUGGAACAACUUCUGUAAAACUAGAUGGAAUGACGUGUCGCUUAAAAGAAUGCAACAUGGGAAACUUGAUAACAGACGCCAUGGUUCAUAAAUACGCGUCUGAGUACAAGGGACAAGGUUGGACAGACGCACCAAUUGCAAUAAUUCAAGGAGGCGGAAUAAGGUCCUCAAUAGCUCACAUUCAACUUCCUGCAAAUAUGACAAGAGGUGAUCUUUUGACCGUUAUGCCAUUUGAUGGAUCUAUGACUAAAAUAACAAUCAGUGGGACCAAUAUAUUUAAAAUGCUUGAGCACGCUGUCGCUAACUACAGAGUACUUCGACCUCUAGGGCAGUUUUUACAAUUAUCAGGGUUAAAAGUUGAAUAUGAUUUUAAUAGAAAUCCCGGUAUGAGACUUGUAAAAGCAUUUGCUCGUUGUGGUAUGUGUGAAAUACCAGAAUAUUUUCCUGUCAAUAGAACAAAGACGUAUAACAUUUUGGCUCCUUCAUUUUUAUCUAUGGGAGGCGAUGGAUUUUCUUCCCUCGGAAAUCACGAGUUUGACAACGGCGUCAGUGGACUCACCCCUUUUAUAGAAAAAUUGAACUGUCCAGUAUUAGCAGCUAACCUUAUACUAGCCAAAGUUCCUGAAUUAGACACUCAGAAGAAUUUAAAGAAAUCUGUAAUUCUCAAAAUAUCAGGCAGGAAAAUAGGAAUUAUUGGUUACUUAACACCCGAUACUAAGUUCGUCGCUAUUAAAAAUGACGUGGAUUUUACUGACGAAAUUGUUGCUAUUCAAAAAGAAGUCACAAAUUUACAAAACGAGGGUGUUAAUAUUAUCAUUGCUUUAGGACAUUCUGGUUACCUUAAGGACCAACAAAUAGCAAAAGAAGUUGAAGGAGUUAAUAUUGUGAUUGGUGGACACAGUCAUUCGUUUCUUUGGAACGGCACUGUGCCUGAUUUAGAAGAACCUGAAGGUCCAUAUCCAACGUACGUCAAACAAGCCUCAGGAAAAAUUGUACCAGUAGUGCAGGCAUAUGCUUACACAAAAUAUCUUGGUAAGUUGUACUUGGUGUUUGAUGCCAACGACGAGCUAAUUACCUCGUCAGGUGCCCUCAUUCUUCUCGACAAUACCAUUCCUGAAGAUCCCGAAGUCGCGAAAAUGUUAAAUGUCUACGAAGAAAAUGUUGAUAACGUCGCAAGUGAAGUGGUAGGAAGCACAACCGUCAACCUUGUAGGUGAACAUUGUAACAAGAAAGAAUGCAAUCUUGGUAAUUUAAUAUCAGAUGCAAUGGUUUAUCACUAUGCAGCGCAAUACGACGGUGAGCAUUGGACAGAUGCUCCAAUAGCCCUUUUACAAGCUGGAUCGAUACGAGCUUCAAUAGUACAUACCCGAUUACCUGCUGAUCUGUCUGUGGGAGAUUUGAUAGCAGUCAUGCCUUUUAAGGGUCCAUUGGCGACAAUAAAAUUAAAUGGCAGUACACUCCUGCAAGCUUUGGAGCAUUCCUCUCUCGGAAAUCACGAAUUCGACGAAACCGUAGAAGGACCGGAAGGCGUCGUGCAAUUCAUCAAAAAUCUAUCAGCACCAGUGCUAGCAGCUAACCUCAUCCUCGACAAAGUACCUGAAUUGGCCACCGAACACAAUCUAUACAAAUCUAUUGUCUUAAAUAAGAAUCACAAUAAAAUCGGCAUUGUAGGCUAUCUCACACCAGAUACCAAAUUCCUGGCACCAAUAAACGACGUGGAAUACGAAGACGAAAUUGUAGCCAUACGCAGGGAAGUAUCCAAACUGAAAGGACAAGGUAUCAACAUCCUCAUAGCUUUAGGACACUCUGGUUUCUUAAAAGACAAGGAGAUAGCAGAAAAAGUUGAAGAUAUUGAUUUAGUAAUAGGAGGCCACACAAACACUUUUCUCUGGAACAGUAAUACCACUGAUGAGAUACCUGAAAUCGUACAAGGACCAUACCCUGAUAUUGUAGUUCAACCUUCCGGGAGAAAGGUGCCAGUAGUCCAAGCAUACGCCUACACGAAAUACAUGGGAAAACUACAUGUGAUUUUCAACUCAAAAGGCGAAAUCGUACAUUAUGACGGCACACCAAUUCUUUUAAAUCAAAAAAUACCAAGAGAUCCAGAGAUAUUACAAUUAGUUAAGAAAUACAGAGACAAUGUCAACAUAGUAAGUAACGAAGUGGUCGGAAAAUCUAUGGUAUUACUAAAUGGUGAAGAAUGCAGAGUUAGAGAAUGUAAUUUAGGAAAUCUGAUAAAUGAUGCAAUGUUGUUUUAUACAACAAUGUACGGUAACGCUAAUCCACAAAUAGCUAUUACUCAAGGUGGAAGAAUAAGAGGAUCCAUAUUUCGACCAGAUAAGCCACCGUUUAAUGUAACUAGAGGAGACUUGAUAGCUGUGUUACCAUUUUCAGACACAUUGACCAUUUUGACAAUGAAUGGUACUAUAUUAUUGCAAGCAUUGGAACACUCAGUAGAGGACUGGCAGCCUUUAAAUGCUCCAGGACAAUUUAUUCAAUUUUCAGGAAUGAGAGUUAAAUUUGAUUUAGCUAAACCACGAGGCUCUCGUGUUGUGGAAGCUAAAGCAGUUUGUUCCAAUUGUGGCGAUACAAAUAUGAUUGGUAUACGAAGGGAGUAUGAGUACAAACUACUUACUUCAACAUUCUUGGCGGACUCUGGCGACGGUUAUACAAUGUUUCAAGAACUUCCAAAAGAAACGGUUCCUUUUAACGAAGUAACAGCUAUACUCGCAUAUUUAAAAACUUACAGUCCUAUCAAUCCUACUUUAGAUGGUCGUAUCACUCUUCUUAAUGAAAAUUACGUAAAUAACUCGAGAGGUGGUAGAAUUCUGAAACCAAAUACGAGUAAUGUCGUUAAAUUAAAACCAUGUUUAAACUUUGUUUCAGUUCUGUUUAUAAUUUUGUAUCAAUUUAAAUAAUUUCUAAUACUUAAAAUGCAGACAAGUUAAGUUUUGUUACGCACAAUUGGAAACACUUUAUUAACAACUCACCAUCGUUACACAUAAUCCAAUAUCCUCAAAAUA